AUGGCCUCCAUCAAUCCCACAGGCAUCUUCCGCUUCGUCGAACCUGACCUAACCAUACCCGCCCAAGACCGCGCCAUAUUCGCCAAUCCACGCCCCAAGCAUCUCGUCCAACUCGAGCUCCCACUCCACGACAUCCGCACCUCCAACGAAAUCUCCGCGGGCUCCGCAGGUCUCGAUGUGCAAGGUUUCACCUACUUGCACCAUGUCUCUGCGUUGAGCCCUGAGCAGAUGCUCGAGGGCAGGAAUGCUGAAGAUGUGCUCGCUCCGGAAACUCUGGAGAUGAUGAUUAAAUAUACGGGGGCGAAGAGAGGUGUUGUGCAUAGUGUUGGGUUUCGGAGAAUUCCGGCUUCGAAGCAGCUGGAUUUGGAGUUUGUGCCGUUGAGAGGGAGUGAGAUUGAUGUUGCGAUGGAGAGGAUUCCUAAGGAUCAGAUGUUGGUAAGUGGCAGAGACGAGCACUCCGCCAGCGAACCCGCUCGUCAAUGCCACGUCGACAUGACGCUAGAAGGCCUCCGACAAACUCUCCGAUACUCCACCACCGAAAUCGUAACGGCAGCGAAAAAUAUCAUAGAAGCAGAAGAUUUGCGUGCGGCAGGACACGAUGUCCCAGUCCCACGAUACGCAGCAUAUAGCGUCUGGCGCCCCCUAAAACCCGUCCACCGCGACCCCAUUUCCAUCCUCGACUACCGCACCCUCUCCCCCUCCGAACUCAUCCCCACAGAAAAUCGCAUCCCCAGCGGAAUCACUGCCGAAGGAGACUACAUUAUUCAAGCCUACACAGCCUCUCCCCCCAAACGACCCGAAUUGCAGAAAUGGUAUUGGAUGCCCGAGCAGAAACCACAUGAAGUGUUGGUGAUUAAAUUUGCGGAUUCGGCUGCUGAAGGGGAUCCCGGGGUUGCGAAGUGUGGAGUACAUGUGAGUCCGAUUUUACCCGGGACGGAAAGGGAGGAGGUUAGGGAGAGUUGUGAGGUGAGGGUGUAUUUGUUUUGGGAGUGA